AUGCAAUCUGCUCUCGUGGCUCUUGCCGCCACCGUCGUGGGAGCCGUCAAGCCUCUCUCUAUCAAGGGAACCGACUUCGUCGACGCCGACGGCAACAAGUUCCAGCUUGUUGGUGUUGCGUACCAGCCCGGCGGCAGUGCAGGAUACAACCCCAAGGAGGGCAAGGAUCCUCUCAGCGAUGCCGAUACCUGCAUGCGUGAUGCUGCACUUCUGCAGGUCAUGGGUGUCAACGCUAUUCGCGUCUACAACCUCGACCCUAACCUCAACCACGACGAGUGCGCCAGUAUCUUCAAUGCCGCUGGCAUGUACAUGAUCCUAGAUGUCAACUCUCCUCUGGUCGGCGAGGCUAUCACCUCGUUUGAGCCCUGGACCAGCUACUAUGAAGCCUACUCUAACCGCACCUUUGCCAUCGCCGAGGCCUUCAGCAACUACCCCAACACCUUGCUCUUCUUCUCCGGAAAUGAAGUCAUCAAUGACGUCCCUUCCGCCGAAUUUGUUCCCCCCUAUCUUCGUGCCGUCACCCGUGACCUGAAGAACUACAUCAAGAAGAACAUCAAGCGUCAGGUUCCCGUUGGCUACUCGGCUGCUGACGUCCGCGAGGUUCUUUGGGACACCUGGAACUACAUGCAGUGCUCCGAGGACGGCGAUGCCAAUGAUAUGAGCCGUGCCGAUGUCUUCGCCAUCAACUCGUACAGCUGGUGCGGCCCAGAUGCCACAUACCAGAGCUCGUCCUACGAUGUCUUGACCGAGAACUUCGGCAACACCUCCAUCCCCGUCUUCUUCUCCGAGUACGGCUGCAACACCCCCAUGCCCCGCUACUGGAACGAGACGCAGGCCAUCUACGGCCCCGAGAUGACGCCCGUCUUUUCCGGCGGUGUCGUUUACGAGUACACCGAGGAGGAAAACCACUACGGCCUUGUUAACAUCACCGGCGACACCCUGACCAUCCUCGGCGACUACAACCGUCUCAAGGCCCAGCUUGCCAAGAUCAACUGGGAGAAGGUUCAGACGCAAAAGGCCUCCACCAAGGCCCCGGCUGCUCCCAAGUGCUCCUCCAAGCUCAUCCAGGUCAAGGGUUUCGACAACAACUUCACCCUGCCCGUUCCCCCUCCCGGUGUCCAGGGCCUCAUCGACAACGGCAUCAGCCACAAGCCCAAGGGUGCCCUUGUCAAGAUCUCCGACUGGAACGUCAAGCUCAACGUCGCGGAUGCUCAGGGCAACAAGAUGACCGGCCUCAAGGUUGUUCCUCUCGAUGACGAUGAGAGCAACUGGAGCGGCAAGAACUCGGCCGACACCGGCUCUAGCAACACCACCUCGAGCGACAAGGAUUCUUCCUCGUCCUCGUCCAACAACUCGUCAUCUAAGAGCGGCGACAACAAGGAUAAGGAUAGUGCCGCUGCUUGGAUGCGCCCUGUUUCCGUGGCCCUUGCUCUGCCCUUGGUGGCCAUGUUCUUUAUCUAA